AUGGGUAACAAAUCAGGAUCAGAAUUUGGUGGAAUAAUGAUAAGAACUGAAAAAUAGUUAUAUUUUGCUGGAGAUGUUGUAUAAGGUAAUAAGAUUACAUUUAAGUUACUAAGGGAACAUAUAUCUUCAUAUUAUCAAAGAAGGAUUUCGUGGAAAAGAAGUCAAACUUACCAUAUUGGGUAAAGAAAAAACAAGUUGGGAAACAGGAUCAGGUACUCGAAGAAGAACACAUGAAGGAAAAAAUAUUUUUCAUCAAGUCACAGUAGUGGCCCAUACAUUUGAANAAUUCUUAGCUUUAUGCUUAAAUAUACUUGGUUAAUAGAGAGAAGCUUUAGUUUUGGCCAAUAAAGCUUUGACUAUUGAACCUAAUUCAGUAGAAUCAUUGACUUGUAAAGGUAAGUUUUAUGUUUAAGUAAGGAAAUAUCUUAUAACACAUCGGACAAUAUUCUGAAGCAUUGAAAUUGUCAGAUUAAGUAUUAGAUGGAUAUCCACAAAAUUUGGAGUCUUUAAAGUGCAAAUGUAAGAGAAUGGUCUCCAUAAUUAGCUCAUUGUCUAUAUAUGUUGACUCGAUAUUAAGAGGCCAUUAAUUCAGCAAAAGUAAUCUUAGAUCAUGAGCCCAAGAAUAUUAAUAUUCUAUAAAUAUUUGGUAUUAAUAAAUUAUACCCAUAAUAGUGUAAAGUUUAUUCAAACUUGGUAUUUUUGGAGAGGCAAUUAUUUUUGCUGACAAGAUACUAGAACUCUUCCCUAAUCAUUUAGAUAUAUUGCUUUGUAAAGGUUAGAAAAUUUGAAUAAUUUAAGCUCAUAGUUUAAGAUUACUUGGGAAAUUUAAUGAGGCCUUAGACAUUGUAGACAAGGUACUUUGCAUAGAUUUAAAUAAUCUUAGUGGAAUGUAGUGUAAAGGUUGUAAUGCAUUUAUAAUUUAGCUUAAACUUUAUAUAUGUUGGAUAAGAAUGCUGAUUCCAUUAUUUGGACAGAGAAGGUCUUGGCUAUUGAUCCCAAUCAUAUCAGCACAUUACACUGUAAAGGUAUUACUUCAUCUUAAGUAAUAGCUGACAAUUUAAGAUUGCUUGGUAAUUACAAUGAAGCAAUCAAAUUGGCAGAUAAAGUGUUGGCUAUCGAUCCUAAAUUUGUUAAUGCCUUAUAUUGUAAAGGUUUCUUUAUUUCAUUGAUAAUUAGCUGAUAGUUUAAGAUCACUCUCUUAGUAUAAUGAAGCCUUAAUUUGGGCUGAUAAAGUAUUGGCUAUAGAUCCAAGACAUGUUAAUACUUUAGGAACCAAAGGUAAGCCUCAAUACUAAUUAGGCGAUAUUUUAAGAAUUUAUAAGAAAUACGACUUUGCUCUAAAGUUGUUUGAUAUAGCAUUGAGCAUAAAUCCAACUAGUUAUUUUUCACUUUCUGAAAAAGGUUUUUCAUUCAAUAACACUUAGGCUUAUGUCUACAAGAAUUAAAACGCUAUUAGGAGGCCAUCAUUUGUUACUAGAAGGCUUUAAAGAUACAGCCAAAUAAUGGGUGGACUUUAUGUAGAAAAAGUAUAGAUAUCAAACAUUAUUAGAAUAAUGUGAAGAGGCAUUAAUAAGGUAGAGAUCAGGAGUGAAAUAAAUUUGA